UUUAUUCAGGUAGGAAAAGCUGGAGGGGACAAGUGGAAAUCACUUUCAGCGGCUGAGAAAGCUCCUUACGUAACAAAGGCGGAGAAAAGGAAGGUCGAUUACGAAAAGGAACUUCGAGCUUACAAUAAAAAACUGGCUGAAGGACCUGCUGAAGAAGAAUCGGAGAAGUCAAAUUCUGAAGUGAAUGAUGAGGAUGAUGAAGAAGGAAGCGGAGAGGUUUGUACACUAUUUAAGUUUAUUCAUUCUUUAUUUAAUCAAUUAGUGCACGCUUAGCUACAAUCUUAAAUA